AUUUUAAUUUUUUUUUAUCGCGUUGCUAGUUAGAUGUAUAGUUGUAUACUUGUAUUUGUAUACUCUAUUUUUUUUGGCCUGGAAUGAAAAUAUCAAUAUAGUAUGCUAAAUAUCAACUACUUAUGAUGAUGAUGAUGAUGAUAAAACCACCUAAUAAGAAAAGAGAGAACUAAAAGAUAGUCAAAACAAACACACCACUAAAAUGCCCAUAAAAGUGAAACCCAACACUUCUAAACUUUAGCCUCAAAAAUAUUCCUCUCUCUCUCUCUCUAAGUCAUCCCUUUGAACAUCAGGAUUAUAAACUAUAAUUGAAGCUCACAUCAUGGACCAUCAUCAGUAUCAUCAUCAUGAUCAAUACCAACAUCAAAUGAAUAUUACUAACAAUAAUCCCUAUAACACCAUCGUCACAACACAACCACCACCACCUACAACAACAACAAUGGAUUCAACAACCGCAACAACAAUGAUAAUGGAUGAUGAGAAGAAGUUGAUGACGACAAUGAGCACUAGGCCGCAAGAACCAAGAAACUGUCCAAGAUGCAACUCAAGCAACACCAAGUUUUGUUAUUACAACAACUACAGCUUAGCACAGCCUAGGUACUUGUGUAAGUCUUGUCGGAGAUAUUGGACUGAAGGUGGCUCUCUCCGUAACGUCCCCGUAGGCGGAGGUUCUAGAAAGAACAAGAAGCUUCCGCUACUACUUCCUAAUUCCUCUACUUCUUCUUCCACCAAGAACCUCCCAGAUCUUAACCCUCCGUUUGUCUUCACGUCAUCACCAUCAUCAUCAAACCCUAACAAGACGCAUCAAAACAAUAAUGACCUCAGCCUUUCAUUCUCCUCCCCUAUGCAAGACAAGCGAGCUCAAGGGCAUUACAGUCAUUUCACCGAUCAAGUUGUGACAGGAGGGCAGAACUGUCUUUUCCAAGCUCCUAUGGGAAUGAUUCAGUUUCGUCAAGAGUAUGAUCAUGACCACCAAAAAAAGAAUCUUGGGUUUUCAUUAGACAGGAACAAGGAAGAGAUUGGUAAUCAUGGUAACUUCGUUGUUAAUGGAGAAGGAAGUAAGAUUAUGUAUCCUUAUGGAGAUCAUGAAGACCGUCAUCAACAUCACCAUGUGAGACACGAUGAUGGUAAUAAGAAGAGAGAAGGUGGUUCAAGCAAUGAGCUAUGGAGUGGAAUCAUCCUAGGUGGUGAUAGUGGUGGACCAACAUGGUGAUAUGAUAUAUAUAUUGUCAAAAGGACAAGAUGAUAAAGACAAAAACAAAUAGUUACGAGCAAAAAUAUGUGAUUAUAUUUGGAAUUUUCAGACCCGGAAGAGUCGCCUUGGGAGGAGCAUGAUGAUUCUUCUUUCCACUUUCUAUAAAUUCCCCUGUUCACUUUCUUUAUCUUUUGGCUAAUGGAGCCACUUAUUUGGCUUUUAGUUUGCUUCUUUAGGACCUUUUAAGUUUUAACACACAAAUGUCUAGUGCCUAUUAUUGUAUGUAGUCUUAUAUCAUAUCAUAUUUUUGUUUGAUAGAGAUGAUCAAUUAUUUAGGUUUAGAUACUAAAUUACUUUUGCGGUGUUUCACGUUAAAUAUGUAUAGACAUCUAUAUUUAAUAAGGAGUACGUGAGACAUA